AUGGGCGGCAAGAGGCGCAGGCUCGCACAGAAGGAGCAGGCAAAUGCAAAGCGCUUCCAGAAAGGCCAGCCGGGCCAGGGCAGAGGUGACGCGGCGGCGGGACAGCCCAAGUCCAAGAAGGGCCCUAACCCGGCCCACCAGCAGAAGCAGCACGAGAAGCCCACGAUCCCCUUCAACCCGGAGGACCGCAUCCUGCUCGUCGGCGAGGGCGACCUGAGCUUCGCCGCCUCCCUCGCGACCCACCACCGCUGCACGAACCUCGUCGCGACCGUCCUCGAGAAGUCGGCCCAGGAGCUUACGGAAAAGUACCCCCACGCCGCCGAGAAUAUCACGGCCGUCACGUCCCCCCCUCCGCCACCACCGCAGUCCGACGACGGCGAGGAGGAAGAAGAAGAAUUAGAAGGGGACGACGACGACGACGCAGAGGAACCAGACCAACCCAGCGGCAACGUAGCUCCCACAAGAAACAAGAUCGUCUACGGCGUCGACGCAACCAGACCCCUCCCCUCCUCCGCCUCGCGUCCCCCUCCCACACGCAUCCUCUUCAACUUCCCCCACGUCGGCGGCAAGUCCACCGACAUCAACCGCCAGGUCCGCCACAACCAGUCCCUCCUCGUCUCCUUCUUCGACCACGCCCUCCGCGCCCUCGCACCGGGGGGAACCGUCGUCGUCACCCUCUUCGAGGGCGAGCCCUACACCCUCUGGAACGUCCGCGACCUCGCCCGCCACGCGGGGCUCCAGGUCGACCGCAGCUUCCGCUUCCAGGCGUCCGCCUACCCGGGCUACCGCCACGCGCGCACCCUCGGCGUCGUCAAGGCCCGCAACGGCGAGGAGGGCGGCGGGUGGAAGGGGGAGGAGCGCGCCGCUAGGAGCUACGUCUUUGUUAGGAAGGGUGACACCCCGCUGCCCUUUGGCGCGAGCAAGGUGAACACGAGCAAGAAGAGGCGGAGAGGGCAGGAUGACGACGACAGCGAUGAUGAUUUCUGA